AUGGAUAGCUCAUCACCGACAGGUGAUAGUGAUUUUAAGUGUGCGAUCAGGCAGAUGGCGCCACCCUCGUUGGAUAUACCGCAUUCUAAUGGCUCUAGUAUUGUGAGAUCGCCGCUGGUGAAGUCAGUGACGAGCCCAGUAUUUGCACCUAGUAUUAAGCAGGCAAGUACUUUCAAGAAGCCCAGUGGGUGUGCUUUGGUCAGCGCGUUGGAGUGUAACAGGAUAUUAGAGAACAAAGACAUCAUUGUGCUUGAUCUGAGGACGUACUCAGAGUAUUCCAAGUCGUCGAUACGCGAUUCGAUACACGUCGGGUUGCCAUCGACGUUGCUGAGGCGAAAGAACUUCGAUUUCAACAAACUGGUGCAGAAUCUGCCCGUGGAUGAUAGAGUUAGAUUGGAGAACAAGAUGAAUGCAAUGGCCCUGGAGGCAAAGAAGCUUAGUUUCUUGAUAUAUGAUAAUACACCAAACCAAACCGAUACGUCGCUGUCGCUACCGUGUUAUGGGGUAGCAACAAAGAUAUCAGAGUACAGGAAUCAAGAUGAAAGAAUGGAAAAUUGUGGCUUAUACAUCUUGAAUGUGGGUUACAGUGUCUUUAAGCUCCUCUUUCCAGAUGACGUUAUAGAGUCCACCGAGACUUGCUUAAAAAAUAUUACAGAAUGCUCUGCGAUGAACAGCCCGAUGGUAGAGCACCCAGACUUAUUUAUUCCUAUGCCUCAUAAUAUUAAUACCUCAGGUGAAGAAUACAUACGACAGACUGUAAAUGGGCUAUCAUUUUCUCCAUCUCUGGCUUCGACGGCUACGAAAUCGCCUUCGAUAUCAGGAUCAAGUAUAAAUAACUCCAUGACAAACUCUAAUGACUUCUCUUUAGAAUCACCAGUAUCCACAUCGUCACCAAUUUCGGCAUUGUUUAAAUUCCAAUUACCAAAUAGACAACAACUUGCAUCUCCUGUAUUUAAACUUCCUCAGAAUGAAGAGGCAUUGAGUCUGGAGGAUUAUAUUAGUGCAGUUAAUGCUAGGGAAAAUCAGGAAAAUAGAACAAAGGAAUUUAAAUUUCAAUCUUUUGAAUUCCCAAAGAAGCAUCAAAGUGCAGAAUAUUCUACUCGCUCUCCAAAUGAGGAUAAAUUAAAUUUCCAACGAAAGUAUGCCAAAUUGUGCACAGAAUACAAUGAUGAUCUUAUUAAUGAGGUUAUACCUCAAUGGUUUCAAGAAUUAGUCACAAAAUCUAAAGUUGAGAUAAUUUCACAAUUUCAAAAAUUGGAUUAUCUGGAGAGAAGAAGACUUAAUAAGUCUAUUUCGAAACAUAAAAGCACAAAAUCUGCUUUGACUACUAUCAGCAGGCCUGAGUUGUCAAAGAUGACGCCAAUUGAUGAAAAAAGUUUUGAUUUUAAUUCCAAUAAGGGUUCAAUGUCUACGCAAAUAAAGCGUAAAAAAUCUCAGAAGCGUUCAUAUUCUCAGCCUAACUGUUCGUAUUUGAAAUCUGAUUGGAAAUGUUGUAUUGAUGUAGAUGAUAUGGAAGAUGAGCAUGAUAUUGAGAUAUCCUCAGGAGUUGAACUUGGUGUAAAGAAUAGGUACAAAGAUAUCUUUCCAUUUGAGAACACAAGAGUUAAAUUAAAGAGAAGGUCUGUGUCCUCCCUUUCAAGCUCUCAAGAACAGACACCGAAUCAUAGUAGGGAUAAUUCACUUGUUAAUAAACUGAAUGACCUUACCUUAACUCAGCCAGUUGAUAAUUAUAUCAAUGCGAAUUAUAUAGAACUCCCAUCAUUACCAAAUACGCUCUCUGAUCAGAAAAAAGAACUGUUAAAGAAUCUAUCAGCUGGCAAGGGUAGAAACUGUCGGUACAUUGCUACGCAAGCUCCAAUGAAAACUACUGUGCAUGAUUUUUAUACUUGUUUGUUAAACAAUAAAGUGCCGAUUAUCCUAUCCUUAACGGACACAUUCGAGAAUGGCAUUGAAAAAUGUGUGCAGUACUGGGAAGAUGGAGAUUACGAAGGUUUCAAGGUUAAAUUAUUAGAAGAAAUUGAAGUUCCCAAAUCCUAUGGCACAGAAAGUGAGCCUGCUGAUAAGGAUAACAAAAAUGAUAUUGUACUAAGAAGAAUCAAUAUAGAAUAUGAUGAGGCAGGUUGCAACUAUGAAGUGAUUCAGAUUCAAAUAAGGAACUGGCCUGAUUUGGGGGUUCUUACCGAUCCCACCAAUAUUAUUCAAAUAAUUCACUUGAAAAAUAGCAUUAUUGAUAGCCUCUUUGAAAGAAAGAUGUACCAGCCUGGGACACGACCAACAGUGCUGGUCCAUUGCUCUGCUGGAUGCGGGCGUACUGGUACUUGGUGUACAAUCGAUAGUGUGAUCUCGAAUCUUGAUGUGUUUGAGGUACUGCGGAAUGAGCUACAAGUUGAGAUGAAGGGAAAGGUUUACGAUCCAAUUUCAUGGACUAUUAACACCUUCCGUAAGCAGAGAAUUUCAAUGGUACAAAAUGUCAACCAGUUCUUGUUUAUUUAUGACAGUCUCGUAUGCUAUUUUUCACUGUGUCUUGAGAACCAUGGAAAAAAGGAUAUACUCACAAAGCCCUUAUCGGCCAUUUAUGACCAGUCUAGACAUAUCAAAUCGCUAAACGAAUUCGUGGAUAAGAAAAUGAAAGAGGUUGAGCCUAUUUUCAUUUAG